AUGGAUGGGAAUUUCUCGUUCUUGAGUCAGAUUUCAGGCCUGAAAGGCUCCAUUGUUAUCUCCGAUGGUUCUGUAAUUAAGUCAGAUGGCGAGCUGGAGAAUGAAGAAUCACUGGCAAUGAAUGUAUUGAAAAUGUUGCACGUUGGCGAACCUCUUGCGCAGAUUGUCGGGAAAAUCGAGAAGAUGAGGAUCGCAUUUCCGGAUCAUAUCCUUGAAGUAAUUCGUAGUGGCAAAUAUGUUUUCAUUGCUAAAAGGACAAUAAAUAACUGA